AUGACUCCUAGCGCCCACAGGCCGCCCACGCCACCCUCCUGUGGGCACUGCCCACCAUCCCGCCCUCACCCCUCCCCUGCACAGCACCACACGGUGACUCAGUCUUCACCGGCCACACAGGUGACUCAGUCUUCACCUGUCACACAGGUGACUCAGUCUUCACCGGCCACACAGGUGACUCACUCUUCACCUGUCACACAGGUGACACACUCUUCACCUGUCACACAGGUGACUCAGUCUUCACUUGUCACACAGGUGACUCAGUCUUCACCUGUCACACAGGUGACUCAGUCUUCACUUGUCACACAGGUGACUCAGUCUUCACCUGUCACACAGGUGACUCAGUCUUCACCUGUCACACAGGUGACUCAGUCUUCACCUGUCACACAGGUGACUCAGUCUUCACCUGUCACACAGGUGACUCAGUCUUCACCUGUCACACAGGUGACUCAGUCUUCACCUGUCACACAGGUGACUCAGUCUUCACCUGUCACACAGGUGACUCAGUCUUCACAGGUGACUCAGUCUUCACCUGUCACACAGGUGACUCAGUCUUCACCAGCCACACAGGUGACUCAGUCUUCACCUGUCACACAGGUGACUCAGUCUUCACCUGUCACACAGGUGACUCAGUCUUCACCUGUCACACAGGUGACUCAGUCUUCACCGGCCACACAGGUGACUCGCUGUGUUUUCUUGUAG